AAAAUCUCUGGUUAUCAGACUACCAGUUUUCCACCAAUUCUCUUUUUCUUCUUUCAUUGAAUUGUUUCUCUAUCGUUAUCUUAUAAAUGAUUGUGUCUAAUUAGAUGAUAAAAUAUGAAAAGAAAAAUUAUUUACAUGUAAUAGCGUUUAAUUGGUGUAUUACCUUUUGUUUAUCUUCAUAUUUUUCUCUUUUUUCAUUUCUCAUUCUCUCUUAUUCUCUCUCCUCUCUCUCUCUCUCUUUUAUUCUCUCUCAUCAUCAAAUCUUUUCAUCUAGUUAAUCAUAAUUAUGCUAAUCCACCUGAUGAUGAAAUGUCCAAAUCACCAAUUAAUUUAUACCAUGAGAAACAACGGAAAAAAUUGUGUGCUCUUCACUCUCUGAACAAUUUACUUCAAACUGCUUCAUUUAAACAAGAAGAUUUAGACGAAAUUUGUUUAAGAUUAGCUCCAGGUAGUCGUUUUUUAAAUCCACAUCGAGCACUUUUGGGUCUUGGAAAUUAUGAUGUCAAUGUUAUCAUGGCCGCUCUCCAGACGAAAGGUCUUGAAGCUCUUUGGUUUGAUCAGAGAAAGGAUCCAAGUUGUCUCAAUUUAAGUCAUAUAUUUGGAUUCAUUUUGAAUGUUGACAAUUUACAAGGCAACUCAAGUUUGUUGUCAAUCUUAAAUCCAGCCAAUCUAUUUUCUUCAAAGAAACAUUGGAUUGCUUUCAGAAAAGUUGGUGAUCAAUACUACAAUUUAGAUUCUAAAUUAAACUCACCGGAAAUAGUGGGACAGGAAAAUGAGAUGAUUCAGCUUCUUCGAGAUAAAUUGAGCUCCGGUGACUGUCAAGUUCUAAUUGUUGUUGAUAAAAAGGUUGCCGAAGACCUUACUUGUUAUCGUCCUGUUGAUUAAUUCAUUGCAUGGAUAAAGAAAAUACCGUUAAGGUCAAAAAGGAUAAAGAAGAAAUUUAUAUAAAUAUUUUAGUUAUGCUAUUGUUGAUGAAAGAAAACAAAUUUAUCUUUCUGGUAAUUUCCCUCAAAUUAUCAAAUUGAGUCUAAAUUGUUAACCAACUUAAAAUAUCCAAAAUUUCCUAAUCCUAAUCCAAAGGGUAUGUAUAAACAACCAAUGAUUUAAAAUGCAAAGAUAAUUAUAAAGAUUCUAAAAGAGGCAUUUUUAAUUAUCAGGAAUACUUUGUACAUAUAUAACUUUGUAAGAUUAACAGUCAACAAUCAAAUGAUUUGAUUCAAA